AAAUUCUCAGUAGCUUGCGGAGCUCGGAGAUUUACAGUAAGAGCUCAGUGUUUCUUUUGGAGUGACCAUGGGUGUAGGGUUGGUGCUACUCACAGCCCUGCUGGGGCUGUUUGGGUACGUCUUUCACCGCAUGCGGAACAGGAUGCAGUACUGGCAGAAGCUGGGGAUACCGUGCGGAGAGCCUCAUCUUCUAUUGGGCAACAUGAAAGAAGCUCGUACUACACUUCCCGUCAACGAAGUUUUCUUGAAGUAUUACAACAAAUUCCGGGGCAUGGGACCAUUUGUUGGCUUCUAUUUUUUCAAUCGUCCGGCAGUGUUGAUAAUGGAGCCAUUGUUAGUGAAGCAAAUAUUGAUUAAAGAAUUCAACAACUUCACGGAUCGCGGCUUCUUUAACAACCCUGAGGAUGAUCCCCUUUCUGGUCGUUUGGUGCUACUCGACGGACACAAGUGGAGGAGCAUGAGGCAUAAACUAUCAUCGACAUUUACCUCUGGCAAAAUUAAGUUCAUGUUUCCCACAGUUGUGAAAGUGAGUCAUGAAUUUGUCGAUGUUUUCGGUGAUAUGACGGCAAAGUCAUCGAUUGUGGAGGUCAAGGAGUUGCUAGCGCGGUUUACCACAGAUGUUAUUGGAACUUGUGCCUUUGGCAUUGACUGCAGCAGUCUCAAAGAUCCCGAGGCUGAGUUUAGGGUUAUGGGACGGCGUGCGUUGAGUGAAAUGCGACAUGGUCGCCUUGGAAUGGCAUUCCUAUCUAGUUAUCCUGAUUUGGCUCGACGAUUGCACAUGAAGAUGACACCAGAUCACAUUGAAAAGUUCUUUUUGCGCAUUGUGAAAGAGACGGUUACCUUUAGAGAAGAGAACGGCAUACGGCGCAAUGAUUUUAUGGAUCAGUUGAUUGACUUAAAGAACAACAAUCUAUUAAAGUCAGAGACUGGAGAGAGUAUGAAUUUAACCAUUGAAGAAGUGACUGCUCAGGCAUAUCUGUUCUUUAAUGCUGGCUUCGAAACCUCUUCCACCACAAUGGGAUUUGCACUGUACGAGUUGGCUCAACAUCCCGAUAUACAACAGCGAAUGAGGAAUGAAGUGAACAAGGUGUUGUCAGCGAAUAAUGGAGAGCUAACUUAUGAAGCACUAAAGGAUAUGGUUUAUGUUAAUCAGGUCAUAUCAGAAACUCUUCGUCUUUACACUGUGCUUCCAAUACUGAAUCGUCAGGCUCUUGAGGACUACGUUGUGCCCGGCUAUCCGAAAUAUGUCAUCAAGAAGGGCAUGCCGGUGUUAAUUCCCGCUGGUGCCAUGCAUCGGGAUGAGAAAUUGUAUCCUAACCCGAAUUGUUGUUGUUAAACAGUGAAUCUGGUAUCUUCUUGCACGUGGAGCGCAUUUAAAGGAUGUCUUGUCUUCAAGACUAUACUCAAUAGCUAAAGUUAUUGUUUUAUUUAGUUCUUGACAAGUCGUUGCUGCAAUGGUUUUGUAUUUCUUUAACGAGCUUUUUAUCUUAUUCUGGUUUAGAAAUUUGUUAAAUGCAAACAGGAUCAAUAAAAAUUAUUAUCACAUUCUCCAACUAAAUUAACUCUGUUAUACUUUCGCUUAAAAAUCUUUUAUAGGUAUAAUAUGCAAUUACCACAAUAAAG